UCCUUCUUCUUCUUAUUUCUACCCCCUUUUUGUUUUUUUUUUUCUCGGAAAAAAAAAAGAAAUUGAGGCGAGGGUUUUUGUUUCAAAGGCUAAUGGAGGGCUCCUCUUUUCAGUCCUUUGAUCAUAAUCAAAGGCCUUCUGGCGCUUCCAAGUUCCUCUCUAACCUUCCCUCUCGCGGCCACCUGUCCUCCACCGUCAUCACCUCCAAUCUGGGGGGCAUGCGAGUUUAUAUUUGUGAGCACAACACUUCUCCGCCAGAGAAUCAGCACAUAAAGACAAACCAACAGAACAUACUUAUUAGAUCACUUAUGCUUAAUAACAAGAAGGGUGAUUCCAGUUCAAAGGAUGUGAAAGCUACAGCUGAGGGUCCUAGAAAGAGGCCUGCUGAAAGAGUCAUGGAUAGCAGGGCUUCAGCAAAGAAAGCCAAUACACAAAGUAGUUCUCGAUCAGAGGGAUCGAGCAGUCGUACAGCUGAGAAGGACUACCAUAGUUUGACCGUAGAGAGGCUUCGAGCCCUUCUUAAGGAAAGAGGACUUUCACCCAAAGGAAAGAAGGAUGAGCUGAUUGCGCGCUUGAAAUGUGUAAAUGGUUCAGCUCAGAAGUCGGACUGACGAUUUAUCUAUCUCAAUCUAUACGCAGCCAGAGGUAAGAGAAGUAGGCGAUCAUGUUGUCUUUGGUUUAACUUAGGAAAGUUGCCCUAAAAGGUAAGGUUUGGCUUAGAAUAGUGUUCUCUGAAGACAAUAAGAUUGAAUCAGAGACAGAAUUACAAUGGGGGCAAUAGGGGCACCACUGAAAUUUUAAAACUUUUUUUUGUAAUAUUUGUGUAAUUACUUCAAGUUUUAAAAUGGUUUUGAUUUGCUUUUAUUGAAAUU